AUGCUGAGGUGCCUGAAUCCCUGGUGCAGGCCAUUACUGAGCGGUAGUUGGAGUAGGCUGUGCUUUUUCAAGCAGUAUCUAUUUACAAUGAAGUUGCAGUCUCCAGAAUUCCAGUCACUGUUCACAGCAGGAUUGAAGAGUCUGACAGAAUUAUUUGUCAAAGAAAAUCAUGAAUUAAGAAGAGCAGGAGGAGCAGUGAGGGAUUUAUUAAAUGGAGUAAAGCCUCAAGAUGUGGAUUUUGCUACCACUGCUACCCCUGCUCAAAUGAAGGACAUGUUUCAGGCUGUGGGUAUUCGUAUGAUAAACAACAAAGGAGAAAAGCAUGGAACAAUUACUGCCAGGCUUCAUGAAGAAAAUUUUGAAAUUACUACACUGUGGAUUGAUGUUGUCACUGAUGGAAGACAUGCUGAGGUAGAAUUCACAACUGAUUGGCAGAAAGAUGCUGAACGCAGAGAUCUCACUAUAAAUUCUAUGUUUUUAGGUUUUGAUGGUACCUUAUUUGACUACUUCAAUGGUUAUGAAGAUUUAAAAAAUAAGAAAGUUAGGUUUGUUGGACAUGCUAAACAGAGGAUACAAGAAGAUUAUCUUCGAAUUUUACGAUAUUUCUGGUUUUAUGGGAGAAUUGUAGACAAACCUGGUGACCAUGAUCCUGAGACUUUGGAAGCAAUUGCAGAAAAUGCAAAAGGCUUGGCUGGAAUAUCAGGAGAGAGGAUUUGGGUGGAAUUGAAAAAAAUUCUUGUUGGCUUACCUACUAGUGCCAGUUUAGAAGAAUUUAACGAAGUUAGUAAAAAUGCUGAUGGUUUUUUACCAAAGCCAAUGACUCUCUUGGCCUCAUUAUGCAAAGUACAGGAUGAUGUCACAAAAUUGGAUUUGAGGUUGAAGAUUUCAAAAGAAGAGAAGAACCUUGGUAUAUUCAUAGUUAAAAACAGGAAAGAUUUAGUUAAAGCAACGGAUAGUUCAGAGCCACUGAAACCCUAUCAAGACUUCAUUAUAGAUUCUAGGGAAUCUGACGCAAUGACCCGCGUGUGUGAACUCCUGAAGUACCAGGGAGAGCGGGGUCUUCUGCAGCAGAUGCAGCAGUGGUGCAUUCCUCCAUUUCCUGUGAGUGGCCAUGACAUCAGAAAAGUGGGCACUUCUUCAGGAAAAGAAAUUGGGGCUCUGUUGCAGCAGUUGCGAGAACAGUGGAAAAAAAGCGGCUACCAAAUGGAGAAAGACGAACUCCUAAGUUACAUAAAGAAGAGCGAAAAUUGAUGAGAGCUGGCACUAAAUAGCAGAAAAUUUGG